GAUAGGCUCCCGUAGAAUCGAAUUCCCUGCCUCUGAUUGGAUCCAACGUGCAGAUCACGUGAUACGCGUCAAACCCCGCACUCCCAAAGCGGCUAGCGCCAGAAGCCGGCAGAAACAAUCAAAAACGGAGCUUCGGAAGCAAACGCCGGGAAAAAGAAUUAAGAACCAGGGCAUUUCGUCCACGAGAGCCAUUGCCAUCCCCAGUCUCAAGUCUCAACGCCACGCCAGCUCUCUCCUACUUCAACCCAUCUUAUCAAUCAUUCAACAUUCAACUGUCCUGCUUUAUGAAUCAGUCAUCAUGAAGUUCUUCGAGAAUGUCUUCACCUACGACUACUCCUUCCCUGCCGUGUCGCUUGCUUAUUUCCUUCGCUAUCCCAACCCGUACUCCCGCCAUGUCCUGACCAGCGAUGUCAUCGAUCGCUAUGUCGACCAGAAGACUCAACGUCUUCAUACCACCCGAUUGCAUCUGAAAAAGUCCAAGGUUCCUUCGGGUAUUCUCAAGUUGCUCCCGAAGGGCAUGGGAGGCUCGGAUAACUCCGGCCAGAGCUACAUCUUGGAGACGACCGUCGUCGACGCCAAGGAGGGCUGGAUGGAAACCGAGUCCCGGAAUAUGGAAUGGACUGGCAUCCUCAGCGUGGUGGAAAAGCAAGUUUAUCAGCGUCAGCCUGUUGACGGCGAGCUUCAGGCUCUGCAGGGUCUCUCGCUCGAUGAUAAGAGGAACGAGCAGACCACCGUCAAGACGACGGUUACGUUUCGGUCGAAGUUCGGACAGGGCAAGCUGCUAGGCAGGAAGAAGGCGGAGGCGGGUGAAGGGGCCGAUGCGGAAGAGGAAGUCCCGAAGAAAGGAUUCUUCUCUUCCCUGUCUACUGCCGGCAUUCAACGGACGAUUGAGCUCAUUGGCGUCAAGAGAACCCGCGAUGCUGUGCUCAAGAGCAAGCAGGGCAUGAACAUCGUCUUGGAACGCUUGCGCAACGGCGGCAUCGUCGGUGUUCUCGAAGGGAUGCGGGAGGACCAGGCAGGAGCUAUCGGACCCGACGGUCCCUGGAAGCGCGUUUGGGCGCAGGGAAAUGGCAUCAAAGAGGAGGAUGACCACUAAUCAAAUCGACAUUGCGCACACACAAACAAUCUUUCAUCAUUUUGACAGCAUUCGAGCGCGGAGUUUUGGCGUUUUGGACCUUUCUUUUUCACGGACACACGGACACAUGGACACUCUCCUACCACUUCGACAUCGCAUUUCUCAAUAAUCUUUUCAGCUCCAGUUAUACGAGUACCAUUUGCAGAUGAAGUACGCCCACGAGGACGUUUUACGAAGAAAAUAUUGUUGUAUAUUAUGGGGAACGGUGGCAGACGGGGUGGAUUUCAAAUAUUGGCCCCUUGUAUUAUAGUAUGAUCAGUUGAUUUCUUCAACAAAUGAUAUUAUUACUUUUUCUACACAUGAUUCAGAACGGACGAGCUCUAUUUAAAUCUUGUCUACUACAUGCACGCACUAUAUAUGCCUAAGCCAUCUGUUAUUGAUGCCAUGUCGAAUCAAUCCAGCUAUCCCUCGCAGC